AACGAUGUUUUUCGUAUUGGAGCAAGAAAGACCGGCAUAGUGCACCAGAAGGAUGUUCUCGGGCAUACUGGAUGUGUGAAUGCCGUUGAAUUCAACAAAACCGAGGAUAUGCUAGCAAGUGGCGGCGACGACAUGCGUGUUUUCGUCUGGCACGUCUCAGAUCUCAUGUUGGAGGAAGCACCAAAGCCUGCCGUAGUCAUGGAGCGAGGCCAUAACUCAAACAUUUUCUGCUACCAAUUUUCGCUAGAUGGUGGUGAACUGUUUUCUGGUGGCAAUGAUGGCGUAGUGCUACGUCACGAUGUUACAACACGCAAGCCGUUGAGUGUUUAUGAAGAGCGUCAUCCCGUGUACAGCAUAUCGGCUAAU